AUGUUAAAAUUAAAUCAAAAAUUCAUUAAAAUCCCUAAAAUUCCCUCAAAAUCCUUGAAAUUAAAAAAAAUGUUUGCCCUAAAAGCAUUAAUCCUUUUAAUGUUGUUUGUCCUAAUAAAAUCACAAAAAGCACCCGUACCAAAUAAAAAAUGUUUAGAUUGUAUCUGCUUUGUUGAGUCCCAAUGUAAGGCACUUAAAUGUCAAUGGGAUGAUGAUGCUGUUAGUUGUGGGUACUUACAGAUUAAACUAAACUACUACAAGGAUUGCGGUACUCCUGAUCUUAAAAAGGGCGAAAAGGUUGAAGAUGGAUGGCAGCGUUGUGCACUCAACAAAGAUUGUGCUUAUAAAUGCAUGACAAAUUAUAUGAAUCGCUACUUCAGCCUUUGCAAAAGACCCAAUGCAAGUGUUUGUGAAAAAUGGUCUCGCAUACAUAAUGGAGGACCUAAUGGAUGUUCUGCAGCUAGGACAGAUAUAUAUUGGGCAAAAAUAAAAAAAUGUGGGGCUAAUUAAAAAAUAGAAAAGAAUGAUUUGGAAUUAUAUAAUAGUAAUUAGUUUAUAAUUUAGAGUUGUUAAGUUUAGUUCUGAAUGUUAUCUGAUGUUGUUUCCAUCCCCAAAAUGUAAUAAAAUAACUAAUGGUUUUUAAAAUUUUGUGAAUAAGAGCGUAUAAAUCUAUACUUCUA